AUGAAUUCCUCAGGUAACCUUAGCAACCUGGACAGUGGAAGUGUUGGGAUCAGUGCCACUGAAAGUUUCCACAAUGACGGAACCGCAGUGUUAUCGGUUCAGUUUGACCGGAAAUCCUCCUUUCUGGCUCAUGAUCACAAGACCUCCACGCCAGGACGGACUGUGUCCAAGCCAAUGAGUCUCGACAUGUCCAUGACGACUUAUGCCUCUCUGAAGCCAUCGGAAGCGCCGUCGGCCAUAUCUACCAUCAUUUCGAGGAAUGUAGUGACCCACCAGGCUCACCUACGUUGCUGGACACGUCUGAAGGAUCAUCUCCAGCGAUGUCCCCACCUCGCUCUGAACAUCCGGGUGUUGAAGCAGACCUGCCCUGUUGACCCAAGUACCAUUCCCGAGAUUCGGGUGGAGGCGGAACCGGAGACACUUUACCCAGAAGACAUCAGGGUGCCCAUCCAGGGAUAUGAGGUCAUGGAAGAGAGAGCCAAGUUCACUGUCUACAAGAUACAGGUUGAAAAGUCAGAUCAUGAAUCCUGGUUUGUCUUCCGCCGUUAUACAGAUUUCAGUCAUCUGAAUGAAAAAUUGCUGAGCAUGUUCCCAGGCAUCAGACUUUCUCUUCCACCUAAACGCUGGUUUCGUAGUAACUAUGAGCGGGAGUUCCUGGAUGAUCGGUUGCAAGGCUUGCAGGCUUUCCUCAACAACGUCACAGGGCACAGUGACAUCUGCAACAGCAAGCCAGUUCGGGAGUUUUUCUGUUUCGAUGAUCCUCCCGGGCCUCAUGACAGUCUUGAAGAGAGUCGGGCUCUAUGUGAGAACCUGGAAGAGACAACGUACCAUCUCCGACAGGUACUGGACGACAGAGACCGGGAGAUCCUAUUGCUGAGGGAGGAGUUGGACCUAUACAAGUCUCAGGUCGCCAUGCUGUCGAAACGUCUCCGGGAGGUGUCAGGCGUGAGGGACACGUCGGCUCUGAUGUCGCCAAUAUCGAACGAGUUCUCCGUGGCUGAAUGUGACAUGGAGGUCAGCCUGGAGCCGGAAGCUGAUCAGUCUCAUCCCCUGCCCUCUAGUGACAGCAGACUCGAGGAUGGGAAUCGGGAAACUUCAACACCGAUUCCAGACAAGGAUCAUCCGGCUGUCGGAAAGAGCCCCCAAACAUCCCACGUGGUCCCAGUCAUGGUGCACAGCGAGGCAGAAGAUAAUACAUAGUUGGAGUUACCUCCCUUCUGCUCCAUUAUCGUGGCCAAAAGUGUGAACAAACCUGUUGGAAUCUGCAUACAUGGUGCUCGUCAAUAUUUAACCUCCCGAGAACUCUAACAUGAAAUGAAAACUAUCUAAAUUCUCAAGUUACCAUUUGGAAUUAAUCACGAAAUCGCAUAUAUACCGCAUGUAUGUGAUCUGCACAGCCUUGCUCAUAAAUAACUGUGACGUUCACAUAUUGUCACAGUACAGUGUGUGGAAUAAUAUAAUUCUUUAUAGUUGUAUCUUCACAAGACACUGGUGAUAUUUCUGGGUGUCCGACCCUGUUUUCUGAAGUGCUACUCUCUCUCACAAUGUGGAUGACAUUUUAUACACGUGCCUUUUGAAUGUUUUGUUUUGUAUCAAUUGAAUUAAUUUCAUAUUCACACGAUAAUGACUGCAUAUUGGCACUUUCACAAUUUGAAUAUUUAUUGCUCAUGUAGAUACACACUGUACAUAUUACAUGCUAAUGGGAUAAUGCAUGUCCGGAAUUCUGUCUACAGAACAAUCAUGACUGGAUGAAUUGUAUAUAAAUACCAUCGUCCCAAAUUCGGUGAUAAUCUUGUACAUAUAACGCAUUUAUGAUAACUUAUUUGUAUGGAGUUUCCCUACAGGCUGCAGAGACCAUCACUUUCUAUGUUAUUUCAAUUUAGAAAAAAAUAGUUCCAUAUGUUUAGCAUCACAAUUAAUUAAUAACUGAAGUAUUAAGCAGCCAUGAAUACAUUUCCAUGAAUACGUAUUAGUAGAGAUCAAAUUUGAUUUGAUUACUGGUAACAGUUUGUGUAUUUCAAAAGUCCUUGGUCUAUGAUUUCAGCUGUGUACUGUCAAGUAGGAAGUAUUUGAAAUUGUUCAGGAUAUCAAAGUCAGUCCGAAAAAUGUUUAAAAUUAUUUACAUUUACAUUGAGUAUUUCUCCAUUUGUGUCUCAAGUUUGCGCAAAAAUAAUGAACAUAUUUUUACUACAUUGAAAUAACAGAAAGUUAUGGGCUGUAGAGCUGUGUGAUGAUACUGACAGUCUAUGCCAGAGUACUUAUCUUGUGUUCAGCAUUGCUUUAGAUUGAGAUAAAUGCUUUGCUUAGAUAUACUCCAGCAGCAAUGAGAGGUAGUUUUGUCACUUGAUAUUACAAUUCUGAUCUCAACUUUGCAA